CUGUGGUGCAAUAAUCAGGGCCAUGCCUCUCGAGAGGCGGGGGGAAUAAGGGCGGUGUUUAGGGGCGCACUGUGGCACUGCAAACCGGUGGGAUUUUUUUCUGAAGUUUGGAAGGAGGAAAGCAAAGUUUGAGAAGACGGGUGACCUAGAUUUUACUCAGCCAUGCACAUUCAGGAGUGGUUGCGCUCCCUCCGCGCCGGAGGGGCAGAGCAGGUGGAGGUGGAGGACCUGCGGAGCCUGCUGCCCUCCCUGCCGUCCCUCUCCUCGCUGUCCCUCUCCUCCCUCUCCUCCCUGCUGGGGCUGGGCGCCCUGGCCUCCCUCACCGCCUACUGGCUCGUCACCCGCCCACGGGCCAUCCGCCCACCCUGCGACCUCCACGCCCAGUCCGUCUCUGUGCAGGGAGACCCCAGCUGCAGACGUUCUGCCCUGCUUCCAGAUGACAACCUGCUGGACUUCUACUUCGAGGACACAAAGACGGCGUAUGACAUGUUUCAGAGGGGCCUGCGGAUAGCAGGGGAUGGCCCUUGCUUGGGCUACAGGAAACCUGGGCAGCCGUACGAGUGGAUCUCUUAUACUGAGGUGGCAGAGCGGGCACAGGUGCUGGGCUCGGGGCUGCUCGCCAAAGGCUGCCAGCCCAACCCCAAGCAGUUUGUGGGCAUCUUUGCACAGAACAGACCUGAGUGGGUUAUUGCAGAGUUGGCAUGCUACACCUACUCCAUGGCAGUAGUGCCACUCUACGACACUCUGGGUGUAGAGGCGAUGGUGCACAUUCUUGACCUGGCUGAAAUCACGCUGGUCUUAUGUGACAAAGAGGAGAAGGGGAUGGCCCUGUUGGCCAAUAAGGAGAAGGGUCUGACCCCCACGCUCUCGUGCCUGGUGCUCUUCAACAGCUUCAGUGAGGCCCUGGUGCAGCGGGCACAGAAGUGCGGGGUGGAGGUCUUACAGCUGGAGCAGCUCAUGGAUUUAGGACGACAGAAUCUUCAAGCCCCUGUGCCUCCCCAACCCCAGGACCUGGCUGUGGUCUGUUUCACUAGCGGCACAACAGGAAAGCCCAAGGGAGCCAUGAUCACACAUGGGAACAUAGCCUCCAACACGUCCUCAGUCAUCAAGAUUCUGGAGGGCUACUUUGUGAUUCGUCAAGAGGAUGUGUCAAUCUCGUACCUGCCCUUGGCUCAUAUGUUCGAGCGCAUGAUACAGGUGUCCAUGUUCUGUCACGGAGCGCGGGUGGGCUUCUACCAGGGGGACAUCUCUUUGCUCACGGACGACAUCAAGACCCUCCGGCCCACCUUCUUCCCUGUGGUGCCACGCCUCCUCAACCGCAUCUACGACAAGAUCAUGGGCUCGGUGACAUCUCCCUUCAGGCGGGCCGUCCUGCAUUACGCAGUGAGAAGGAAGCAGGCGGAGCUUAGCAGUGGAGUGGUCCGCAACAACAGCCUGUGGGACCGCCUGAUCUUCAACAAGAUCCAGGCUGGACUGGGGGGUAAUCUGCGUUUCAUCCUGACCGCAUCAGCCCCCAUCUCCCCCACAGUUCUGUCCUUCCUGAGAGCAGCCUUGGGCUGUUUGAUCUUUGAGGGUUACGGGCAGACUGAGUGCACCGCUGGCUGUACCUUCUCCAUGCCGGGGGACUGGAGCGCUGGGCACGUUGGAGCACCCCUACCCUGUGCCAUGGUGAAACUGACGGAUAUCCCCGAGAUGAAUUAUUACGCCAAGAAUGGGGAAGGAGAGAUCUGCAUUCGAGGCCACAGUGUGUUUCGCGGCUACCUGAGAGAUGAGGCGCGCACGGCCGAGACCCUGGACACCGACGGCUGGCUUCAUAGUGGAGAUGUGGGCCAGUGGCUGCCAAAUGGGACUCUGCGCAUCAUCGACAGGAAAAAGCACAUCUUUAAGCUGUCCCAGGGCGAGUACAUCGCCCCUGAAAAGAUCGAGAACAUCUACACGCGCUGUGCCCCAGUACUACAGGUGUUUGUACAUGGAGACAGCUUACAGUCUCACCUGGUUGGAGUUGUGGUGCCAGACCCGGAAGUCUUCACCGAUUGGGCCAAAGAGCGAGGCAUUGUUGGGUCGUACGAGGAGCUUUGUCAGAAUCCAGAUGUGAAGAAGGCUGUGUUGGAGGACAUGACAGCAGCAGGGAAGGAGGCGGGACUAAAGUCAUUUGAGCAGGUGAAGGACUUGUACCUGCACCCGGAUCAGUUCAGUGUAAGUAACGGGCUCCUGACUCCCACCCUGAAGAGCCGGCGUGUUGACCUGCGCAGAACGUUCCAAGAGCAGAUCGCCCGCAUGUACGGCAAAGCAGCUGCUUAGAGGACCCUGGACACACCAGCAAACUAACACACACACACACACACAAUCUGGAUGGCUUAAUGUUGUUAAGCACAGUGAGCCUCUGUUUCAGUGCAUGACAUGGUUGUUUGCACCCUCAUCUGGCCUGAGCACUUUUGUUUAUCUUGUUAGCAUUUUUAGCAAAUCACUGUCAUAGACUUCCUGCCACACUUGGGCAAAACGGAGCUCUAAAAACACUCACAAAGACACACACACACACUCAAAAAUCCAACUUUCAAAAGAAUGUUGCUUAAGGUACCCUGGGGAACCAGUCCAGCAGUGGACGUGCUGUUCUUGCCCUAUUCUGAUUAUAGCAUAGCAUACCUCACUGACAUAACUAGAGCACAAACACAUACAGUACAGACAAGGGCCUUUCUUAGCUGACCAAGAGAACGGGUUGCUCACAUCCACCUCUGUUUAGAACAUGGUGUGUGUGUGUGUGUGCGCUUCCCAGAGGUUCCCAGGCCAAGGGGUUCUGGAAGUGAGCUUAAAGGGAUUGGCCCCUUGCAUAUCCGUCCCCCAGCAUUAGGUAGAGCUCCUGUCCACAGCAGCAACAUGACACAUAAGGGAUCUUCACUGUGACUCGUUACUAUAGCUCUAGCGUUUAGCUUUAUUGCAGUCCCAGCAGGAGAAGGGACCUUUUGCUCUUUUGAGAAAUCUAUUGUUGGAAGUGUCCAACAUCUCAAAACAAUCCACUGUUACUUGUUGAAUCGUGUGAUGGGACGGGAGUCUCCUGUGAGCGGGGCCUGAUGUAAUUUAUGUGGGUUGUGUAAUAUACAGCGACUCUGUAAAUGAUUAAGUGAAUUGUUGUAAAUAUGGAUUGUGGGUUGGUGGGUGGGGGGUGGGAGGGAUAAACAAAUGACUUUAACUAAUGGCCAAUCAUAUAGGUGACUACAGGAUAAUGGUUUCAUUUCUUAAGAGGAGGAAUUAAAAACACUGUUACAGCAAUGAAAUAUGAGGUAUGUGACAUUAUUGGACAGAUCUAUAUCACAAAUAUUCCUUUAAAUGAAGCUGUGACUAUUCUGGUGGGGUCUUUAGUUGGUGUAAACAUUCCCUGUUCCUGUCAAGCAAGUCAAUGCAACACAAUGGGUCACUGCUGAGCUACAGUAAUGUUCUUCAUGACGCUAUAGAUCAUAAAAGAGGGGGAAAAGCUUCAUGAUAAAGUAUAGUACACUAGACACGUUUUAAAAUGUACCCUCUUUUAAUAAAAAGACACACAAUUAGUUCCUACAAACACCAUGUAACCAGAAGGAGUUGACUCAAAAUAGGUGAGUAAAACAAUUAUGGCUAAAUAAACACCAGUUACUCAGUCAGAUGUAAGGAAUGAGAUGAUGCAAUAUGUGUUAAUAAUAAAUCCAAACAAUAUUUAGGACCUCAGUGGAAAGUACAUUGACAAAAGAGCAAAACAGUGAUUUUGCUGAGCUACAAUGACCUCUGAAAAUUACACAGAGGAACACAAAGGCACAAUUUUGAAGAGGACAUUUUCCUUAAAACAUUCCAACAGUCAGAGGAGCUUUGCAUGGUCGAAACAAGUCACUUCAUCUGGGCUUGUCUUUCCUCAUACAGUGAUUGACAUUAGCAAUUUAAUUGUAUAAUUUCACAGGCAAUAUUUACAACACAGUUUUUAACAUGAUGUGGGGGAUUGGUCCUACCGACCAAAAGGGCCUGGACUGGCACUGAAACGUUAGUGUUAUGGCUGUGUAACACUAUCCAAGAUAAAUUAGCUCUCUACUAAACAAUCCUAUCCAUAUAAAAACAAAACAGUCAAAAACAAAGAGAAAAACUAUUCAAACCUUCAACAAAAUAGACACAAUCCUACUAAGGUGUUGCACUGCCAAGAGAGGGCGCCACAGUAUUAUUUUGGCCAGGAUCAGGUCAGAUACAUUGUUGUAUCCACUGAAGUGAGGAUUAAUUGACACUAUAGCACCAUACAGUAGGCCUAUGUGUCCUUAUAAACCAAUAUGGAAUGCACUGCAGUGACAGGAAUGGUGACUUAAUGUUUAGAAUUGAGCGCAUCCACCACCUCAACAGUUUGACUAAGUUACAGAGAGCUGGUCUAUAAACAUUCUAUUCUUACACAAACACAUGUUUAAUGUAAGAAACGGUGUAGCCUGUCACUGGAUCAUAACUAAAACAAUGGUCAUUAAAAAUGUCUAUUCACUAUGUGUGAUGUAACGGAAAUGAGCGGAUUAGAAGGGCCAAAAUAAAACUGUUCCCUAUGAAGUCCCAUGCUUUCAUUUUAUUUUAACUAUUUUAAUUGAUUAACAUGACAUUUUAACUAUUUUAUUUAAUAUGUGAUCGUUAUGAUUAUGUGAAGCACAUUGGGCUACCGUUCUGUGUAUAAAAUGGACUAUAUCAAUAAAACCUGACUUGAAAUAAAACUAUAUAAAAGUGAUUUAAAGAUUCAAAUAAACCCAGAGCAAAUAAUUA